CGGCCGCCGCCGCCGCGGGGGGAGGAUGAGGGGGCGCCUCGGCGGGGCUGGUGCCGCAGCCGCGCUCCUCGCCUGAGCAUUCCCGGCCGUUCCCCUUGGCCGUCCGCGCCGCCGCCCCGGGGCGGGCCGUCGGUUGAAGUGGAUGCCCAGCGCCUGCCUGCCGCCGCCGCUGCCUGGCGCCUAGUGGCCACCGCCAGGGCAGAGACCCGCGGACGCCAUGGGCUGCUGCAGCUCCGCCGCGCAGAGCUCCAAGCGAGAGUGGAAGCCUCUCGAGGACCACAGCUGCACAGAUGUACCAUGGCUACUCUUAUUUAUCCUCUUCUGUGUAGGAAUGGGUUUUAUCUGUGGCUUUUCAAUAGCUACAGGAGCAGCUGCAAGACUGCUUUCGGGAUAUGACAGUUAUGGAAAUAUCUGUGGGCAGAAAAAUGUAAAGGUGGAGGGAAUAGUCAACAGUGGUCUGGACCUCACACACAAGAAGUAUGUGUUCUUCUUGGAUCCAUGCAACAUUGAUCUAGUACACCAGAAGAUCAAGUCUCUUGCUUUGUGUGUGUCCGCUUGUCCAAGGAAAGAACUAAAAACUCUGGCUGAUAUUCAGAAAUUUGCAGAAACUAAUGGAUCCACUCUGUGUAGUUAUGAACUACAGCCAUCAGAAUACACUACAGACCCAGCGGCUGCCAAAUUAUGUCCCAAAUACCCUGUUCCAGAGAGUGCACCUAUUCCAUUCUUCCAUCGCUGUGCUCCUGUGAACAUUUCCUGCUAUGCCAAGUUUGCAGAGGCCCUGAUCACCUUUGUCAGUGACAGUAGUGUCUUACACAGGCUGAUUAGUGGAGUUAUGACCAGCAAAGAGAUUAUAAUGGGACUUUGCUUGUUAUCACUAGUGUUGUCCAUGAUUUUGAUGGUUAUAAUCAGGUACAUUUCAAGAGUACUUGUCUGGAUUUUAACAAUUCUUGUCAUCCUGGGAUCACUUGGUGGUACAGGAGUCCUGUGGUGGCUGUAUGCUAGGGAACGAAUAUCUGCCAGUGCUGUUGAGACUCAAAUAGCCAAAGACAAUCUUCAGGCUCUCCUGAUCUAUGCCAUUGCAGCUACAGUCUUCACGGUUAUCUUGUUCUUGAUAAUGCUAGUUAUGCGUAAACGAGUAGCUCUCACCAUUGCCUUGUUCCAUGUGGCUGGCAAGGUCUUCAUUCACCUGCCGCUGCUAGUCUUCCAGCCGUUUUGGACAUUCUUUGUGCUUAUCCUCUUCUGGGCAUACUGGAUCACAGUCCUGCUUUUCCUUGGUACUACAGGUAGUCCUGUCCCAAAUGAAGAAGGAUUUGUUGAAUUUAGAAUGGUAGGUCCUUUGAAAUACAUGUGGUGGUACCAUUUAGUGGGACUCAUCUGGAUCAGCGAGUUUAUCCUAGCAUGUCAGCAGAUGACGGUAGCAGGGGCUGUUGUAACAUACUACUUUACAAGGGAGAAAAGGAAUCUGCCAUUUACUCCUAUUCUGGCAUCUGUUAAUCGCCUUGUUUGUUACCACCUAGGAACAGUAGCAAAGGGGUCUUUUAUUAUCACACUAGUGAAGAUACCACGAAUGAUCCUUAUGUAUAUUCAUACACAACUCAAAGGAAAAGAAAAUGCUUGUGCUCGCUGUAUGCUUAAAGCCUGCAUCUGCUGCCUUUGGUGUCUAGAAAAGUGCCUGACCUACUUAAAUCAGAAUGCAUAUACAGCCACAGCUAUCAACAGUACCAACUUCUGCACCUCAGCGAAGGAUGCCUUUGUUAUUCUAGUGGAAAAUGCUUUGCGAGUGGCUGCCAUAAACACAGUUGGGGAUUUUAUGCUGUUUCUAGGAAAGGUCCUGAUUGUCUGCAGUACAGGUUUGGCUGGGAUCAUGUUGCUGAAUUACCAACGAGAUUACACCAUCUGGGUGCUGCCACUCAUCAUUGUCUGCCUCUUUGCGUUCCUGGUUGCUCACUGCUUCCUUUCCAUUUAUGAAAUGGUUGUUGAUGUCCUUUUCUUAUGUUUUGCCAUCGAUACAAAAUACAAUGAUGGGAGCCCUGGGAGGGAAUUCUACAUGGAUAAAGUACUUAUGGAGUUUGUGGAGAAUAGUAGAAAAUCUAUGAAAGAAGCUGGUCGGGGAGGUGGAGCUGAGGGCAGAGAGCUAAAACCAAUGGCCUCUGGAGCAAGUUCAUCUUGAAACUAGCCAGCCAUAUUGGAACCCAUUGACAUUCCAAAACAGUAUAUAUAUACAUAUAUACAUGCAUAUAUAUAUAUAUAUACACACACAUAUAUAUAUAUAUAAAAAUAAACAGCCAAAAGCAGAGAAAAGGAACAGGGAUUUAAUACUUUUUUUAACAAUUAUUUUUGUGAAACAUGUACUCUUUUCAUACGGGUGGCUUUUACAAGCAGCUUUAUCAUUGUUCCAUUUUUUUAAUUAUUCAUUGUGGUCAUGGAAAUGUUGAUUCUUAUCUGCCUGAUAUUUUACAAUCUGGAGGAGGUAUCAUUGUAAAGAUAAUCUGAAAUGAUGACUGGUGUAGAAACAGAUUUCCCAUGACACUGCUAAUGUAGUGAGAGUUUUACGUGCUUAGUUUGUUUAAAUCUGCAUUAAAGUCAAGACAGUUAUAUGUAAGGAAAAACUUCAAAUCAAGAAAAGUCUCAAAUUUAGUUUUUCAGAAGGUGGUUUCAGUGAGAGUUCAUUCUAUUUGAACAGGUUUGCAAGUAGUCACUUUACUUUUCAGCCCUGGCUGAGCAUAGUUUUUUUUUAUCAGUAUCAGAUAUCACAAUAACCAACUCCUCAGGUAUUCAGGUGUGUGGGAGCCCUUGCAUCUCCUAUUAAAUAGAAACUACAAAAUGGGGACAGAUAAUUUUUAUAUGCAAUUAACUUCCUGUUUUAUCCUACUUACCCCUCAUACCCAUGGCCCUCUGUCCUCCCCUUGAGUUCAGUAGCCUUCUUCACACUUCAGCAGUGCUCCUUUGAAGGGUAUGAAUUCUCCACAUGAAACAACUGAAAUAACAUUGUUAAAGCUCAGUCUUAGUCAUACUCAUGAUUAGUUCAUGACUAGAGAUAAAGAUGCUGAGGAUGGAAAGAGAAAUGGACUGUACACCUGUACAAAAAAAGUACUGUAUGCUUCAUUUCAUUCAGUGCUGGAGAGCUCUGGGAGGAGGAAGGAACUGUUCCUUACCUGUCAUUUCAUCCAUAUUUGUAUGUACUGUAGCGGGUGGCUAAAACAGGAAAGGGCAGAGAAGCAUUUCUUUGGAAGUGUAACUGCCAGGAUAGUUAUCUAAAGUUAUCAAAUAAUAACAAAAGAACAUGCUUUUUUAUUAUUAUUAGAUACUUAUAUUUCUUUUCAGUCUGGAAGCUCACCAGAUACAAAUGCUGAUGUUAAAUUGUUCGGCAUACUGUAAUGGUAAAUGCUUAGAAGUGUAUUUGCUAAGAAUUCAUGAUUCUGUCUAUGCUAUAUACUCCUUUUGUUACAAUUUUUUUAAGAAAACUAUUUUUGUUAAUAUAAAAUUAAUAUUUCAGAGCGGAAUUUUUAAACUUAUUGCACUAAAUACGAGCUCUGUACAAAUGAAUAAUGCCUCGAUGGUUUGAUCACUCCAUUCAAGAAAAUCUUUUGGAAGAGAAAAGCCCUUCUGCAGAAGGUUUGCAAUGGAGUGGAGUGGUAUGUCUAGUUAGAGACAUGCACAACUCAUCUUACAAAAGUUUAAUAAGUAAGCAGGUAUCUGUGCUUCCUUUCAGAGGAUCAGACUUUUAAAUUGCUGCCAAAGGUUUAAAAAACAUGCGGUAUCAUGUAGCUAACCAGUGCUCUUACCUUUUGGCAACAGUGAAAUAUUUCACUCCUGCUUCUAUAAACCAUUUGGUAAAUUUGUUUAGUUUUCUUUCGGUAAGCCAGUUAAAAGGAUUUACUCUUUUCAUAUCACAGAACCCAAACUACAUGAAAUUAAAAAUACAUUUAGAAAUUAUAGCUGCUGGGGAGGCAGGGAGACAGAAUUAUCCAAUCCUGCAAGUUCUUAGACACUUAGUUCUAAGUAAACCAAAUUGGUAGCUCCACUGACAUCAGGAGAAAGUUGUAAGUUACUCAUUCGUGUAAGUGCUAACUGGCCUAGAGCUUCAACCUAGGAAUUCAAACUGGCCUUUCACUUCAGCUUAGAGAUCAGGCUAUCUAGAAGAAGCACUGCAGCAGCCUUAAGUUUGUGGAGAGGAGACAUUCUUGCUGUACCAAUGUAUAAGACAGCAGUGGCACUGAACACCGAUAUUUGUGUAUAUCAGUGGGGGUUAGCAACAGAAAUUUAAAAGCUGGCUUUAGAUGAACCUUAGAAACUGAAUUCCAAGGCCAGGAGAUUUAUCAUAUAACCAGUUGCUUCCAGAGAAAUUAAUUUCCAUCUUGUUUGGAAAUUAUUGAAGGUGCUUUGAUUGAAGCCUUGAAUCUUGUUCAUUUUUGACAACAAAUUUCUGCUAUGACCAGUUCCACAAGCUUAUGUUCUCUGCUCACUGGAAGUCCUGGGUGGGGGUUUUUCUCUGUAAUUGCAACUAGAACUGCAGUUGGAAACAAAUUUUGUAUUUUUGUAUUACUUGACUGUGCACCAUUUUUAUAGCAGUUUAUCCUGUUUUAAAAAUAAAUUUGUUUUAUUUACAUGGUGUUUAAAAGAUACAGGCAACACUUUUCUAUGGGUAGUUGUAAUGUUUAAGUGGCAAAUCUAUAUCAUUACCAAGUUCUUAAUAAAAUCGUGUGCACCAUUCUUGAGUGUAUAUCCAGCAUGCAGAGCUUUUCAGUCAUGCCAGAAAGGCAUUACAUCCACAUGCAGGCUUUCCAGUGGCCCUUUAAAGCUUUCUGAAUAUCCUUUGAGGUUCAUUUGCGAACAGACUACAAACGGCCCUCUUCCAGAUCUGUCUUGUGUAAGGAGGCAUGCAGAAGACUGACAUCUGAAGAGACAACUUUUCAGGACAAGUUUAGACUCUGCUUUCCUUCCCUCAUAGGGAUAGUGGAGUUGGGAGAGCACUUGACAUGUAAAUCACUAGUUGGCAGUAGAGGUGCUGGGGUCUGCCAGUUGUGAGGGGUUACUGCUUUUGCCAGCUGGUUAUUAAAGCCAGUAUAUGGCCUGUUUUGUGGGAAGCAGUCUAGACUGACUAGACAGUGAUUCUGCCCAAGGAAUAAGACUGCAGGAGAAGCAGGUAAGACAGCUGAGACAGAGAAGUAAUCUCAUUGGAAAGUUCACUGAACUUAGUCUUAGUGAUUGAGGACUGGAGAUUCAGUUUGGCUUAUUUGGGCUUAAAAAUUAAGCCAAUGGGACUGCUGGUUCCCAGAAUUUGGUUUCUCAAAUGGUUGCUUUGUAGAAUUUGAUCAACUAGGUUUUAAAGGGAAAAAGCAUACCAUUCUUUAAAGUGUUUACAUUUUUUUCACAUUAUUUUACUCUCUUAUUUGGAAGUUGAGCAACAGUGUGUCAUAUUUAUUGCUCUUCCAGCCCUAGAGAACUAUGUUCUUUUAGGUCUCAUUUCUGUACUGCUCUUCCAGCAAAGGAGUGCCAAGUGGCCGAGUGUCAGCUCCCCUUUGUUCCACUGAUCUCAGCGCACAUGUCUUCUCACCUUCCUGAGGCAAUGAUUCAGGGUAUUUCCUGGACUGAUUGGGAGGGGUAAUAGGUGCUGACCUGAAGUUCUGAGGUGGGUUUUUGUUUUGUACGAUAUCACUCCAUCACUGUGCUUGCUGACAUUAGGAGUGCAGCCCAUCACUUUUACAGUUUCAGUGCUGCCCUAGAUUUAAACAUAUGGUAUGGUCACCUUAGAAUUGCUUAUUCAGCUUUUCUGUAGUUUAUGUUCACACUCCUAGCUGCCAAAACCAGGAUGGGUUUUUACAUGUGGCCUUAGCUUGGCAUAGUAACCCAAGGACUUUCUGCAUUAGGAAAGCAUGUCCCAGACAGAAGGGAGAACUUAAAAUCCCAGUUACACACUGUAGUGGGUUGAUCCUGGCUGGCAGAUAAGCCUCUACUCUGUUGCUUGCUCAGUACCCCAGCAGGAUGAGAGAGAGGAUUGGAAGGAUAAAAAGUGUCUAGAUAGUUCAAAGAAAAGAAUCCCAAGUGAUGCAAAGGCAGUCACUCACCACCUCCCACCAGCAGACCAAUGCCCAAGCAACAGCUACUUUGAAACCACACACACACCCACACACACCAGUUUUAUUGCUGAGUAUGACAUUAUAUGGUAUGGAAUAUUUCUUCAGUCUGUUCAGGUCAGCUGUCCUGGCUGUGUGCCCUCACACCCUCUUGCCCAACCUCAGCCUGCUCUGCUGGGGUGGCAGAGUGAGAAACAGAAGGCCUUGACCCUGUGCAAGCACUGCUCAGCAACAGGUAAAAUGCUGUUGUGUUAGUCAACACAGUUUUGGUCAAAAAUCUAGACCACAGCACCAUGAAGAUUGCUGUGAAGAAAAUUAACUCCAUCCCAGCCCAACCCAGUACACAGGUCCACUUACCCAAGAGUUAAUCCAAGACUUGCUCCCUGCAUUUUCGUAUAGCACCUUCUCAGGGUGGUUACUUCUUUCUGAAAGGGCUUUUUUUGCCGCAGGCAAGUGGCCUGCUCCACAGUGCUCCCUUUCACUGAGGGAGCAGGGGAUGCUAGCUCUUACUCUUUCAGCACAAAAUGGGGAUAUAAAGCAAAAAUGAGCCCUUUCUGUAUCAGUGUUCUGGCAAUUAAGCAGCCAGUGUUCGAGACAACAUAUUUAAUAUGCCCUUGGGGCAUGCACUUUAGUGGUUUGCUCUGAGUGGUUACGAUGUAUUCUAUGAAUGUAUGUUAUAGAGUCAGAAUAAAAUGCAUGUAGCAGACAUAUACUUAUCAUCACCAUCCAGUGAUCAUUUGGUUCUGAGUGCAUAUUUACAUGCUGUAUUGAACAUGGCACAGUCAUUCCUAGAAACAAGAUUUAAAAGUAGAUACCUAACAACAUUCCUGUUUUUAAAUCAUGGCUUUGCCUGUGCAGAUACUAUUUACUAUAUCUAAACAUCACUAGUCCAUUGUUUCUUGAACAGCUUGUGUGACACAUUAUCACCACAGAAAUCCUAUUUCCUCAUUAUGGAAAAAAAAACACCAUGUGUUUCCCAAAACAAAACCCAAUAGGCUUAUUUGAAGCAUUUCUUGCACUCAGCUUGCUUGUUGGGAUAAUGGAAAUUUACUCUAAAUAUUUCAUUUUCAAAUGCUCUUUCAGCUACUUCAUCUCUGCUGUUACUUCCAUCACAUAACAAAAUAUAAUGGAGACUAGUAAGACUGUAUUUCUUGUGUUCUGUAGCAAAUACUGUUCUCAAGGUAUUUUUAUUCUUUUGUGUUUGGAGAGAUGAGGGAUGAGAUGAAACUUGUCUCUUGUGAUGUGGGUUGUGUAUAAAAGGCAGAAUUUCUGAUCUGGGAUGGCGCUGUGAUGUGUCUUGCAGUGUUUGCAAGCUAAUGCAAUCGAGUCAAAGCUCUUCAGAGAUUUUGGAAUUAUGAAAAUAUUUCUAGGGACAAUAGGUAGCAUGAAUCCAUCUAAAAAUACCCAUUUGGAGGCUAAACUAUCUGGCAUUCAUUUGACAGAAAUCUGUUAGAACUAACAGAAAACUGGUAAACACCAUCAGAUUCUACUCCUCUGAGGUCAAGUCAUCAUACACGAGUAUGAUGACUUAAGUCUUUUAAGCAUUUGGUACUUUUCUAUAGAGGAAAUAUGGGACUCCCCUUAGAACCAAAGUUGCAAGAAUUCAGAGCAAAAGUACCAUCUGACUUUAAAAGAACUAACCCAAUUUCAGUAACACAGAGAGCUGGUUUCUCUGUGUAUGUGAUGGAAGGCGCUGGCAGCAUCGGUGGCUACCAUUCCUCAAGUGAACCCACUUCCCUCUUAUUUGAGUGAAAUAGGAGCAGCUAGGGAGUAUUUCAGACAGGUUUUGUGAGAUCAGGAAGCUGUCACUCAUGAAACCCAGCAGAAGCUGGGCGCUCACUGCACAGUUCUAAUUCUCAAAUGAAUACUACGUGUGCUCCAGUCUCAGCAUUGGUUGGGUCCUGCCCUGCUCUGACUGAAAAGGGAGAAUCCCUCACAUGAGAGAAAGAACACUGCUGACAGUGUUGUAGUGUCUCACCGGGGAGUGAGGGAGAAGAAAAGAGAAAGGUGGGUUUGUGUUCAGUGUCGGCCAGAAAGCAGCUGUCAGAGGUUAGGUGGGGCCAUGGAGAGCAGGAUUUCACGGGUAGAAAAUGUUCCACAGGAUCUUCACAGUAGUUAAGAAAAAUCACAUUUCGAUUCACAGACAUCUCACAGCAACAUCCCCUGUGCCCUGCUUUUAUUUUGCUCUGGAGCUCUUCAGAGCAAGAAAGAAGGUGGAAUCCUAUACCUAUAGAAAGGAGUUACUUCUAUUUGGUGGAUGGUGUUGCUGACUAUAGCAGAUACCUAAAGAAAAUGGAAAAUCUUCUGAACAGAUUUUAAAGGCUUGACAGUACUUGCAUUGUCUAUCAAAGCUUCAUCUGCAAAUAAAUUUUUCAUCCUCUUCCACUCAUACUUUGAACAGGGCAAUCAAACCCCUGGACUGGCUUAGUGAUUUACAUUGAAUCAAGAUCAACUGACAGGUGCUCCUUUUUCCAGUGGAAUGCCACCUCCUUUGGGAAUGGGAAAAGUAAAUGUGACACUGUUUAUUGUUGUCUUGAGAAUUUGAAAUGUUUUAUACUGCAAGCUGUGAAUGCAGGAAGAGAAAGGAAAUUAACAGUGCUGAUCUAAUCUUAGAUUUUCUGUGUAAACUGACAUUGUGCCAGGAUACUGAUGCAAAACUGUAUUUUAGUCUAAGAAAUGUAUAGAUUUUUUAAUGUAUCAAAAUAAAGCUUUUCUUUUUAAGUAA